AUGCUGGGCAAUGAAAAGGAGGCAAAGACCCAGUUUUACCCCAUGCCCCGCAAUGAAGACCCGGCUGCCCUGCCGCGUGCCGCUAUAGUUUCGCAGUUUUCGAAAGCGGAACAUCUGAAGCGUCACGAACGAUCCCAUUCUCGAGUCCGUCCGUAUCGAUGCCACAUUUGCCACAAAUCCUAUGGCCGAAGCGACGUGCUUCAUCGCCAUAGCAAGCAACACGAGCGGGAUUCUCUGCAGGCUCAGACCGAGUCGGCGGCGAGGGCAACCCAGCCGGCGCUGCAUGACAGGACAUCAAGGGCGAUCCCAGAACCGCCAAACUUGGAGACGGUGCCCCUCACUGACCAAGCGCAGUCGCCCCAAGCUGCGGAUUCGCAAUCGGCUGCUGCACAGAUAGGACCGGUAUCAGAUUCGACGUCAAGUAUCACUGUUUGCACGGGAGGCACUACUCAACAAACACGACCAGGGCCCCAGGAUGUUGCGGGCGGUACCCGUAUGGAGCUUGACGUCGAAUUUUCGAGCAUGACUCCGCUCGUUGGAGUUUCAAAUCACAGCGCAGACGCAGGCAUAGAUCCAUCAAAUCACACUGUGACAGACACAGCAGCACGCUCUGAGGUCCAAGGCACCACUUUCCCAGAGACAUACAUUGAGCAGCGGCAGCCAAACGGGGAGCCCGAGUUCUCUGUGGCUCCUUUUGAAACUAUUGUUCCACCUGAGGACUUUACAGCGCCAGGAUCUUCAGCACCUCAAUUCCACGAUAGAAUUGAAACAAACCACUUUGAUAUGGACCACCAUUGGUGGUUGGAGCCGGAGUACGACAUCCCAUUGUCCUCGCUGUUAGACGGAUCUUUUGAACUGCACUCAGCCGGCGGGGCUCAGGCACAGACACCUUCACGCGAUAAUGUGGGAGUCCGUGACCGCCGGAUAUCCACAAGCAGCACCCUAUCAACCAUGUCUGACGCGCAUCUUUCCCGUCUACAGCGGUUCUGGGCCAGAGAAACAGACAGAAAAACGAAGCUGAUAUCCACACUAUGGCAGAGUUUGAUCAAUGGUAAUGGUCUGUACGGCAACUGUGGCGAGACUUUGACAAGUCUGGGUCCUGGGUCUGAUGGGUGGUCCCUGGAUUCCGAGACAAAAGUGAAGAUAUACGCAGCCUUCCAUGCCGCCUUAUCAGUCAAUGGCUUGAGCGAUUCAUCAUAUGCGGUGAUUACACCAGAGCUUCUCGAAAUCGCUUAUACACAGUAUAUCGACCACCACCACACCACGAUGCCUGUCAUACACCUUCCUACAUUUCUGCCUAAGAAUGCACCGAUAUCUCUUCUCUUGGUUAUUUGUACCAUUGGCCUAAAUAUCAUGGGCACGGCCAAGUUUAACAGGAUUGUCCGCCAAAUAUUUCCGUCUCUUCUGAACAUGACAUCCGAUGAAUUGUACGCCUCCCGCAAUAGUAAGACGCCAGCAACGCGGUUGCUAGCGAUGACGACCGCACUGCUCGUCUUGACCCUCUCCUCGAUCAUGGGUAACGCACAGACUGAUGGCCUUUUCCUGGCCAACGAAUACCCUCAAUCUCCUGAUCUUCUGAAGUCUGUCCCGACAGAAGAAAAGCGAUGGAAAAUAUGGGCCAGUUUUGAGGCUGUUAAAAGACUGAUUCUACACUUGGUGCAACUCGACUGCUGGUAUUCCUCAUUCCUUGCAACGGAUCCAAUUCUACGCCCGCAAGUCGUUCAGGUAGUACCUGCUUGUGAACAUGCCCUUUUCCAAGCGCGCUCGCUCGAUCAGUGGUCCAAAAUACGACCUGACUUCGAGCAGAUGGUGUACCCUGUCGUCUCAGGUUACCGCAUGGUGACAACAGACAUAAGAGGUGCUGAUGUAGUGUCAAGUAUCAUGAUUCCUGUUCAAUUGCGGUGUAGAUGGGCCGUCAGUCUGGUAAACCAGUCCAGGCCGCGUGGUGGAGCUCAUUACGUAUUGCUUCCGUGGCAGGUCUUACGAGAAGACGCCGUCGAAAAGCCAUUAUCUGUUCUGUUAGCUAAACUCUCUGGCUUUCCGAGCGCUGGGGACGCGAGUGUGGAUAUUAAUGCGGCUGUCUCGUGGCAUGCUGCCUGCAUGGCAUUGGGUGCCAACAUCAACCUAUUCGAAGAUGCCGUCGGCCGUACAGACCCAAAGGCAGCAGCCCAAGCAACGAAAGAGAUCUCUGCUUGGGCUUUGACCUCAUCUGCAAGACGUUGCUGUCUCCAUGCUGCUCACAUCUUCAAGCUGUUGUUGAAUCGUAGAUAUUCUCAGCCUGUCCAAGCGCAGAGCGUCUCUGCAUUGUUUCAAGCCGCCAUCAUAUUCGGGUUCUAUAUCUGCGCAAUGCCAACCGGCGAUGAUAGGAAAACAGGCAACCCGAUAGACUUGUUCGAUGAUAUUGACUGGGAGUCGCUAGGGGAUCUGGGCUUCUCUGAUGUUUCUACGGAGACGACGCGGGCUGAAGACAGCUUGAGCCUUCCUACCAAGUUUAUCAUACACGGAGGUAGCAUGUUGUUCUUUGGCUAUCCCCUAUCUAGUGGCUAUGGCGAAGCGCGCAAGAGUUGGCUGCACUUUGCGUCUUUGAUGCUCGGCCUCGGGAGAUGGAAAUCGCGGCACUAUUCUCGAAUACUGCACGUUAUUUGUGAUAGCCUAUCGGAUCUAGAUCCGAGCGAAUUUCUCCAACUUCGCCCCAUUUCAAACUCUAUACGUGGCAAGGAAAAUGCUUUGCGCGAAUGGCGAGACCAAGGAAGUGCCGAAGAGUCCUAUCUCUUUCACUUCAAAAUGAUUCUUUCUUAUAUCGAUACCUGGAGUGUUGUCUACUAUGGUACCGUGAUCUUCUUCAUCCUGGGGGUGACUGCGGGGUUUGUAGACUGGUGCCGGAUGCUAUGGAUGCGCCGGAGGUUGCCCCCGGGACCUUUCCCGUUUCCAAUUGUAGGAAAUCACUUCCAGACACCAAAAGUACGGCCAUGGAUUACUUGGGCUGAAUGGGCAAACUAUUAUGACACCGAUAUGCUGACGCUAUGGAUCGGCCGGCAUCCACGUAUUAUUCUUUCUGACGCCUGGGCCGCAUCGGACCUGCUGGAAAAGAGGUCAGAUAUUUGCUCGUCGCGGCCACGGUUGGUCGUAAUGGGUGACGCCAUCAACGCUACAGAGAGCAACCAGACCGUGCUAAAGUAUGGCGAUCGUUGGCGGCUCCACCGAAAAAUCAUGCAUAUGGCCGUGGGUUCCCAGGUGAUUCGCAACUAUCGCCCAUUCCAAGCAGACGAGUCCAAGCUCCUGAUUCGUGAUUUUUUGACAAACCCCGAAGACUUCGAGCUCUCUAUAGAGCGAUACUCGGUAUCUACAGUCUCCAUUAUUGGAUGGGGGCGCCGCAUAGACCAGAAAAAUGACUACGUCGCACUUCAAGCUCUAAGUUUCAUGGAGGCUGUCGACUUCAUAAUACCUGGCGUUUUUCUCAUGGAGACGAUACCUGCCCUGAUGCUGUUACCAUCGUGGCUAUAUAAGUUACCAGCAUUACUUAGACAGGGUGCUGUAGUUUUAUCAAAAUACUUCUACAUGCUCACCCUAGAAAGUUCCGAAAACGGGAAAAGUGCUUUCAACAAUUAUUUGUUGAACACCCAGAAUCAACAUGGUCUAUCCGAUUUGGAGGUGUCUGGGUUGAUGGGAAACCUGAUAGGCGGAGGAGUGGAUACGACAUCAAGCACAAUGCUCAGCAGCAUCCUGGCUAUGGCAUGCUUCCCGGAAGUCCAGAAAAAGGCGCAAGAGGAGAUGGACAGCGUAGUUGGACACUCAAGAUCACCGACAUGGGACGAUAUUGAUGGCGGUCGGUUGCCAUACCUGACAGCACUGGUCAAGGAAGUUCUUCGUUGGAGGACCGUUACUGUGUUGGCUGGCAUCCCUCAUGCCAACACCAAAAACAUAUCAUACAAGGGAUAUUAUUUCCCUGCCGGUACAAACUUCACCGGAAACAUGUGGGCUAUACACCGCAAUCCAAGGGACUUUCCCGAGCCAGAUCGGUUUAGACCUGAGAGGUUCUUGAACGGACUCGAGAACCCGUAUCCAAAUGCGAGGGGAAGUAAUCCGUUUGGCUGGGGUCGGAGACAAUGCAGUGGUCAACCCUUGGCCGAACAGGGUUUGCUCUUCUCCCUUGGUCGGAUGAUCUGGGCUUAUGACAAAAGACCUGGUUUGGAUAGCUCAGGCAAUAAAGUGAAACUGGACAACUUCGCUUACACCGAAAGCGAAAAUACUCGUCCAAAGCCAUUCAAAGUUCAGUUCAUCCCUCGUUCCGAGAGAAUACAUGAAAUCAUAUUACAAGAGGCGACAGAGGCUCGGGAGGCCUUGCGAAUCUAUGAUGGAGAGACAAAGCUUACCAGAGAGCAGGCUGCAGCCGAAGCGUUUUAG